AUGCAGUUUAUAUUUCUUUAUGCUGUUUUAAUUUAUUGUCAUCAAUUCUUCGUUUUAUUAUUACCAUUUCUUAUUCUACUCUUUUAUUUGCUUGAUUUAUUCAUUCUUCUCUCCUUAGGCCGUUUCCUUCUUUUGUUAUUUUAUCCUUUUUUUUCUCCCUUUUUUUUCAACUUUUAUAAUUCUUUCUUUUAUUCUUUCUUUGGUUCGUUUUAUUCUUUCUUCUUUGAUUUUCCCGUUGAUUUUUUUUUGUUUUAUUCUUUUUGUUCUCUUCACGUCCCUUCUACUGUUUGUUUUAUAGUUUCUUCCCUUCUCAUCAUCCUUGUUUCUUGUCAUGUUUUAUUCUUUCUUUUCUCUUUCUUCUCUUUCCUUGUAUUAUUUUCUUUCUUCUUACCCCUUCACUUUCCUUCUCUUUUUUGUUUUAUUCUUUCCCUAUUCUCUUUCCUAAACUUCUUCGUUUUGAUCUUUUUCUAUCGUCCUUAUCAUUCUUUCUCUUGUUCAUCUUAUUAUUUCUUCGCCCACUUCAUUUUUCUUCUCUUUUUUCUUUUAUUAUUUCUUUUCUCCCCCUUCUCUUGUUUGUUUUUAUACUUUCUUAUCUCCCUCUUUUCUUUCAUUCUCUUAUUGGUUUUAUUCUUUCUUCUCUUCCACUUCUUUCUCCAUCUCUUGUUUGUUUAUAUUUUCUACUCAUCCCUUCCUCUCUCCUUGUCUUGUACGUUUUCUUCUUCUUCUUCUUUUUCUUCUUCUUCUUCUUCUUCUUCUUCUUCUUCUUCUUCUUCUUUUCUUCUUCUUCUUCUUCUUCUUCUUCUAAUCUUUUUUGUAUUUUUUCUUCUCCCUGCCUUCUCUUUUUCAUUCUCUUUUUUUGUUGUAUCUUUUAUUCUCUCCCUCUUCUCUUUCGUAGUCGUUUUCGUUUUGUUCUUUCUUCUCUUCCUUCUCUUUCUUUCUCUUGUUCGUCUUAUUCUUUCUCCCCAUUUCUGUUUCCUUCUUUUUCUUCUUCCUGUUUUGUCCCUUUUCUUCUUUACGUUUUCUGAUCGCUUUCCUUUUCCUUUUCUUUCAACUUUCUUUCAACUUUUCCCCUCUUUUAUCUUUUCGCUUUGCACUUUUCUUUAUUUAUUUAUUCGCUAA